GUUGCGACUUCACUUUCGCCAGAUUGCCUCUUGACUCUUAACUCUCCCGAAUACACACAACCGCCUCUGUAUCAUCACGACAAUCCUUCUGUUCCUUAAACCUCUUCUUCAUCAGCUCCCAGUCAUUCGCCAUGGCUGACACCGCAACCGCUAACCCACAAUCGCCUGUUCCUCUAGACACCAUUCCCAUUUCCCCUUCUGAUGGAACCACUCCAAAUGGUACAGGCAGUAGCGACUCUACUUCAGCCGAUACUGGUGCCAUCAAGACUGUUUUCCAUGAUCCAGACAACUUCAACGUCAAGCACCCGCUGAUGAACCAGUGGACUCUGUGGUUCACGAAGCCACCUAGCGGCAAGGGUGACAACUGGAACGACCUGCUCAAGGAGGUCAUCAGCUUCGAUUCAGUUGAAGAAUUCUGGGGCAUCUACAACAACAUCACGCCUACUUCUGAGCUAGCGCUCAAGUCCGACUACCACCUAUUCAAGAAAGGCGUACGCCCCGAGUGGGAGGAUGCUCAGAACAAACACGGCGGCAAAUGGGCCUUCCAGUUUAAGGAAAAGAAGAUGGUUAAUAUCGAUGGUCUCUGGCUCCAUGUCAUGCUUGCUGCUAUUGGGGAGACUCUUGAAGAUGAGGAUGACGGCGAGGUCAUGGGUGUGGUCGUCAACGUCCGCAAGGGCUUCUACAGAAUUGGUCUGUGGACGCGCACCACAGGAAGGCCUGUGCCUGGAGGUGGCGAUGGCAACAAUGCCGGAGGCAAAGGUCGCUCGCUUGACCAGGGCAAAGAGAUUCUCUUGAAGAUUGGCAAGCGGUUCAAGGAUGCUCUUGGCCUGAAAGACAACGAGGGCGUCGAGUUCGCUGGUCACACUGAAAGCGCGCAUUCCGGCAGCACUCGCGCAAAGGCGAAGUUCGCCGUCUAAAUACCUCCUAUUCCACUCCACAACACCCCCUUCAACACCAUAUGUCAGUUUAAACAAAAGGAUCAGGAUUCUUGGCGUGCCCGGGAUAAGGCAUGCAUGCACUGUAACUCAAAAUGCCGCUGCGGUAGGCGGCUCACGGAGAUGUUGGAGACCUCACAGGGGUGGCAUUAGCACGGCGUUAUUAUGUGGCACUGCGAUACGGCUUCGAGAUAUCAUGGGUUAUCAAGUGAGGCUUUACCGCAUUAUGCUCUAUGGCUUGUGUGCCAGCUAUAAUUUGACAUACAAUAGAAUCGUGUUGUACUUUGAACAAACUUCUA